AGCACCUGGCAUUCCAGUGAAGGAAAGGGUGAAAGUAUCUCAGAACUGGAGGCACGGACACUGCCGGAGGGAGACAGUGCUGAAAUGGAAAUGCAAUUUGAUGCCCUGGAUGGAGCUGGAUGGCGAGUACCUCUACCUGUCUCAAGCAGAGAACAUCCAGGCCUACAGGCUCUGUCCCGACGGUGCAGGUUUGCAGCGUCACCCUCAGACUAUCUUCUCUGGCCACCAGGAGGACGUAUGUCGCUUUGUUCUUGUCAACUCCCACAUCGUCAGUGGAGGGGGAGAUGGAAAUAUUGUCCUUCACAAGAUCCAUGGCUCAUACAGCAUCAAGUUUUCUGCACAUGAACAGGAGGUGAACUGUGUGGACUUCCAAGGUGGCCUCAUUGUCAGCGGCUCCCGGGACAGAACAGCAAAGGUUUGGUCCCUGGCCGCGGGCAGAGUUGGGCAGUGUCUACAUACGGUGCAGACAGAGGAUCGAGUGUGGUCCAUUGCUAUCAGCCCAUUAUUAAGCUCAUUUGUGACAGGGACGGCCUGCUGUGGACACACCUCACCUCUGAGAAUCUGGGACCUUGAGAGUGGUCAGCUGUUGACUUGUUUAGGGACUGACUUCCACCAUGGAGCUGGAGUCCUUGACGUCUUCUACGAAACACCCUCCCUUCUCCUUUCUUGUGGGUAUGACACCUACAUCCGCUACUGGGACAUACGGACCAGCACACGGAAGUGUGUCCAGGAGUGGGAAGAGCCCCAUGACAGCGCCCUGUACUGCAUAAGGAGUGAUAAGAACCAUAUGAUUGCCAGUGGCUCUUCUUACUACGGCGUGGUGCGCCUCUGGGAUAAGCGGCAGACUCGGUGCCUGCAGAGCUUUCACCUGUCCUCACCCACCAGCAGCCCAGUGUACUGCCUCCGUUUCAGUACCACUCAUCUGUACGCUGCCCUGGCAUCAGCCCUACACGUCCUAGACUUCACAGCACUGUGA